AUGCGGCAGAGAGUGACGUUCUUCCAGAACCCGGGAAGCCCGGUUGAUCCCGCCUCUCUAAGCAUCACCAAACAGACCCUAAAUGGACCGGAGAUCCAUGGCAUUCGUGAAGACCGUGCCACCUUUGCCCUUGACGAGCUUCCUGGGGAGCUUCGGGCUCUUCUGGAACGUUAUGAGACUCUCCAGAUCAGAUGGGCUAGCAAGGAGAACCAUGAAUCCUUAUCCUCUACUGCCCUGCCAGCCUCGCUUGGGUCACAUGCCUCUUCCUUCCAGUUCUAUCAGCCCUUGUCAAACCUGUCUCAUUUUGUCGAUUACGCAAAAAGCGAGCUCUGUGCAAAAGCAGACUCGUUGUGCCCGUCGUUGGUGGAGAACCUAGACCAAGCAAGCUCUCUCGAUAUAUCCUUCGAUGCUGCACAGCAUGUAUUUCGAGCAACGGCGACUUGGGCACGAAAGACCCUACCAUUGUCUGUCACUGCCGUGCCCGGUCACAGGACUGAGGUCGGCAUCCUUGCAGCAGACUCGCCGCCGAAUAUGGAUCCCAGCGAGCUCGGUAUCGCCGGCCACCUCACUGUUCUCGGCCAGGAUUCCAAACCCUCGGCCACCAUCUUUGCUUUCCCCUCCAGGCAUAGGCAUGUCGAGGGGGCGUCCUUCUCUUCACGAUUUACGAAACCUACAGGCCUCCACCCAACUCUACAACUGAGAAUAGACGGUCCAACGCAGCCGCCGGUCAGCGACGCCGACUGCUCGAUGCACGCCUACUUCACCUUACCUAGGGCUAUCUUUGCCGAUCGCUACCAGCUUUCGGACCCGCUCUUCAUGGCGUCCAAGAAUCUCACAUCACUGCAGUACAUGAGCGAGCCGGUAGAUCUGGAAGCACCAGAGUACGCCGUCAAGCUCUGGGGCUCCGCGAUGCUCCUCGAGUUGGCCCCUCCCGUCGGCAAGACCGCGAAGAGCUGGACGGCCGAGAUCCCGCUCCAUCUCCGGUACCUCAGUCCGGCACAGGGUGGCUACGCGGACGCUGAACUCCCCUACCCCGCCGUAUUCUGGGCGUGCGCGGCCGCGCCCGAAGGGCCGGACUUUGCCAACAACCCCUUCGACCGCACGCACCUGGGCUAUGACGCACUGUUUGACGCGCGCACCGUCUUCUGGCAUGUCGACCCCGAGCCGACGGCUGCGUCUGCAGCGAGCGGUACGGGCCACGACCCGGUCAGCAAGAUCCGGGUUCCCGUGCUAGACACGGACAAGGCCGGCUGGGUCAACACGGGGACGGCAGCGGUGAUUGCUCUGGGCUUCGGGUGGAUACUAUGGAGAUUAAUCGCGGUAUACCUGAGGGCAGGAUACGGUACCGCGCGAGGAGCGGACAAGGCGAAGAAACUACAGUAG